AUGCUGCUGCCAGGGUGGCUGUUGUUGGUGCUUCAUGCGUCAUUUACAUAUAGCAGGCCCCUUUCCGAGCGUUGCGUGACGGCCGUGUACACGGCAUAUGAUUAUGUUACGUUCACUACACCCGCUGAGGUAGCCCCAGGGCUCUGGGGAUCGCGCUGUCAAAACACGUACAAAGUUACAUCAAUCUAUGCCGCAGCGGACUUAUACUGUGAACCAUAUGAGCGAUCGGUGGGAUUUGCUCAGUUCCAAUCUUACUGCCAGCAGUUCGCGCAGGUUGACUUGAUUCCACGAGAAGCGCUAGCUGCCAAUCUAACUGAAGAUUCGAUUAGUCGGAUGAGGAUUGUUGACUUUGGAGAAGUUCCCCGGUCGGACCCAGCUGAUUACCCCGUUCUCUUGUCAGCAACGUUUUAUCGCCGCGUUUUCCGAACAAUAGAUACUUGGGAGUUUGAGGUCUGGACCCAUACUGUAUAUGGCCUCGCCGGAUAUUCGUUCUGGAUGUUCAUUUUGGCGAUUGGAAUCCUUCACCGGUUAAUCCAACAGAUACUGCAGUCGAAGGGUAUCCGUGUGAAUACCAGCCAGUUCGUGUUAUCAUGCGUGAUAUAUACGCCUUUGGCCGCAAUAUACCACUGGGUAGCGACCUAUGUUCUUAUCCCGAGUCCGCAGCCAUCGCGAGGUCGACGUCUGCUUUGGUGGACAUUCCCCACUCGUAUAGAAGCGAUCAUUGUUUUCCUCUUCUGGCUGCUCAGUAUAGUCCUGUCAUCUGUGAGCUAUCGGAUAUUUCCCGACAAUAUAUACUGGCCCAUGAUCUCCGCCCAACUUAUACGCUAUGCUGCAGACCGCACCGGUGUUCUUUCGUUCGCCAAUCUUCCUCUUAUUUGGCUCUUUGCGGGUCGCAAUAAUGUUUUUAUCUGGGCGACUGGAUGGAGCUUCUCCACGUUCAAUCUUUUCCACCGGCACAUUGCCUGGAUUGCGACUAUUCAGGCACUUGUCCAUACAGUGCUAUAUCUGGUACUGUUCAUCCAGAACGGAAAUGCCACGAAGAAACUUCGGAAACCGUAUCUCUUUUGGGGAACAGUAGCCAUGGUGGCAAUGUUUUUGCUGGCACCCUUUGCCAUUGAAUGGCUCCGAAGAAGAACAUAUGAGACAUUCCUCGUUCUGCACAUUCUUUUCUCCAUCGCAGCCUUAGUGGGUUGCUUUUACCACACCGUCAUCUUUGCAGACCACGAGUACUGGACAUGGUUAUGGCCUGCCGUAGCAUUUUGGGCCGCGGACCGACUUCUACGCAUGAUCCGUCUCGUAUAUUGUAAUCUCCACGUUCACACCAAUAUAGGUAAAAGCAUCCAGUACACGCGCAGCUCAGCAACCUACGACAACGCCUCCGAUGUAAUCCGAUUAGAGGUUAUUCCCGGAUCAGGGCGGCUUCAACCCACCCCAGGGCAAUACUACUACCUCUACCAACCGUUCCGGCUUACAGGAUGGGAAAACCAUCCAUUUACUCUGGGGUCAUGGUCAUACGAGACGAGACUUCCCACUAAAACGCAAACACCCCCCUUUACAAAGGAUGAUGAUAUCGUAGAUGUAACACAGAUCCCCUUACUCUCCGAUAGUUCGUCCGGCUCACGAACUCCACCGGAAGAUAUACCGUCAGUUGACCAGGCACAAAAAUUACGACUAAUUUUCUGGAUCCGGCCCUUCGACGGCUGGACGCGCCACCUCCGACAACAAUGCGUCCAAUCUCCCGGCCGGACAUUGGAUACAACGAUCCUAUUAGAAGGCCCAUACGGCGAACAGUUCCCCCUAUGGAAUUACGAGUCCGUUUUAUUAAUCGCCGGCGGAACAGGGAUUGCAGCAGCGGUACCGUACAUCCAAGAUCACCUGGCACGGUGCGCCGAUGAAGUGGAAAGCCCGACUCGUAUCCAAUAUAUCCACCUGGUCUGGAUGAGUCGGCAGGAGGCGUUCGUCCAAGACAUUGCCGCCCGAGAACUGAGUUCGGCCCUCGCUCGUGAUGAUUUCCGGGCUUCCUUCUAUGUGACCUCGUCCACGCCGGUGAGGGCGUCGGGCGAAUGCUCGGCGCUGCGCGAAGGACUCCCCGGGAAUGCUAUUGAGGUUGGUCGGGGGCGACCUGAUCUGCAGUCGCUUGUUUUGACGCAUGCGCACGAAGCUCAGCUCAGUAGUUGCUCGGCGGCGGUACUCGUGUGUGGACCGCCUGCGAUGGCUGACGAGGUUCGGGCUGCGGUAUAUCAAACCAUGCGGCAGGGGUAUCGGGGGUUGCGAUAUAUUGAGGAGUCUUUUAGUUGGUGA